AUGGCCACACGGAUCAUGUGCUCAGAAGAGUAUCCGACCAUUAGUGGACUCUAUCCUAUCCUCUAUAGCUUGAAAAACCACCAUCUUCUGGUAAAAGACACUGACUGUGUCAGUGUGGCGACAUUCAAAGAAAAGUUACUCGCAGACAUUGACAGACGUUACAGUCUCAACGACGACAAGAUACUAAGCAGCCUUACUAUGCUUGCUACUUUCCUUGACCCAAGAUACAAAAAUCUGCCAUUUCUAUCUGAUGAGCAAAGAGAAACUGUGAAAGCUAAUGUUCUGUCCGGUGUGAAUGUACUGCAAAUUCCCAAUGAUUAUCAAAACAACCCCUCCCAAAAAGAUGCAUCCACGAGCAUUUCGCCUACGGUUUCUGCAGAUGCUGAUGGAAUUGAGCCCUGUUUGAAACAUGCUAAAAUGUCGCAAGAUGAAGUGUCAUUCCUGCUCGGGCCUUAUUUUAACACAGAAGAGUGUGAGAUCAUUGUUCCCACGUCAAGUAGUGAGGAGUUGGCCGUGAAGCCAAUCAGCACAAACAAGAAUCCGUUUGAUUGGUGGAGACUGAAUAAAACGGUAUAUCCAACACUAGCUAUACUUGCGAGACGUGUUCUGUUUGUGCCCGCCACGUCCGUCCCCUCAGAACGUGAUUUCUCAGUUGCAGGCGGAACUGUUACAAAACUGCGUGCUUCUCUCGAUUCAGAUUCGGUCGACAAGCUUAUAUUUCUGAAUAAGAGAAUCCGCGAUAAAAAUGUCCAACAAGAAAAAGCUGUUCAAGAGUCUGCCGCCACCACCCUUAUGAAACAGGAGCCAGAGUCAAAUGAAACUGUUGAUGUCGCCGAGACUCGGCCUGCUCUACCCCAGUUUGAUUGA